AUAUUCACAGAAUUGAAAGAAGCGUUCGACGCCGAAGCUCAGGAAAUUCUGAAACCACGUCUAUUGUUAACCGCUGCAGUUCCGGUGGGACCAGAUAAUGUUCGAGGUGGUUACGAUGUUCCAGCUGUAGCCAGCUAUUUAGAUUUCAUCAAUUUGAUGGCAUACGAUUUUCAUGGCAAGUGGGAAAGAGAAACUGGACAUAAUGCUCCAUUAUUCGCACCUUCUUCAGAUUCUGAAUGGCGCAAACAAUUAUCUGUAGACAAUGCUGCGAAACUCUGGGUUAAACUAGGAACCCCCAAAGAGAAAUUAGUAGUUGGAAUGCCAACCUAUGGACGAACAUUCACAUUAACAAAUACCAUGAAAACAGGUCCGAACGCGCCAGCAUCUGGAGGUGGGAAACAAGGAGAAUAUACAAAAGAGGGGGGUUUUUUAGCCUACUAUGAAAUUUGCGAAUUGCUUUUGAAUGGCGCUAUUUACAUAUGGGAUGACGAAAUGAAAGUUCCAUACUUGAUUAAUGAUGAUCAAUGGGUUGGAUUUGAUGACGAAAAAUCGAUCCGCUAUAAAAUGAAAUGGAUUAAAGAAAAUGGAUACGGAGGAGCUAUGGUCUGGACUAUUGAUAUGGAUGACUUUAGUGGAAAUAUCUGUAGUGGAAACGUGAAAUACCCAUUAAUUGGUGCCAUAAGGUAA